AUGGCCCGACGAAAACGAAGAUCAGCGGAAAACAACGGAGAUUCCCCGGUUGCCACCACAGCUUCCUCCUUGCAAGACACCGUCCUUGGGUAUUGGCAGCGUUUCUUGACUCUAUGGAGGAGUCGUCCCCUGCAUUAUCGGGUGGGAGCUGUGGUCUUGCUAGUAGCAGCAAUACUCCUCUUUGUGGGUGAUUUUGGUUCCACCAACGAGUCGAAACUCCGACAGCAACAACAAGCCGCUGCGACGACUUCUUCUUGGCGGCAGAACUGGAAAAGCCAAGGAAUAAGUAACAAUCAUGCCGAACCAUGGCUCGUUCCGGGGGAUCUGCCGGGGUACACUGGUUGGGCACGACCGGCCACGACUCUGGCAAAGUACUUUCAGUUGGAUCCAAAGAGUGUCAACAAGCCUGUGGUGGCGGGGAAGCCGUGGGAAUUGACGGUUUGGUGUAUGGAGGCAGAAGACUGUGCUAGUGGAGGUGCUUUGUUCUUUGUGCGAGCCUAUGGGCCAGCCGUUCUGACAGGUCACGUACAAGACAACAAGGAUGGCAGCUACAAGAUCACACUGUUGCCCAAAGAUCCUGGGCCGUAUACCCUGGAGGUGGUCUUGACAUUUUCCAAUCCAGAUCACAUGGGACAAUUUCCAUUGCCAGAUCGCCAACCAGAGCCUGCAUAUGAAGGGUACUUGUUGCCUGGAUUUCCAAUCCCCUUCUUGGUUGUGGAUGGCGACAAGGAAGAGUACAAGAGCAACAAUGGCGAAAGUCACAAGUCACUGCCAGUUUGUGAAAUGGAGCGGCUACUGGAAACAUCGGCCACAAGCGCCUGGGAAAAAGCACGCUGGGUGGUGACAGAUAAAAUCAAUCAGCCAAAUCAUGUGGAUGAUCAUCAUUACAAAGACACAGUCACUUUCCCUGGGUAUGAGGUAUCGCAGAAUUCUUUGGGAAUCAUGAUGGAUUACCGACAUGACACUUGCCGCAUUCUGCCCCACAUUGCUCCCAAACACCCCCAAAAUCCACUCAACAAAUGCACAGAAGCCAAUGGCCCUCUUCAUUUCAUCUUUAUUGGAGAUUCCAAUAUGCGACUGCAACGCAACCUCUUUGAGACCAUGUUCCUGGGCUUGCCAGAGGAUCAACGAGAAAAAUCACGCUACAAUGAGCACAUGAUUCGAGCAUCCUAUCAUGACCUUACAGGAGGGGCGCUCAGGUGCAACCUCAUUGGAGGAAAUGACAAGAAUGUCACGCGCUUCUUCCAAACCAUUUUGGCACGGAAAGACGAAAAAUUGGAAAAGCCAGAACGAUACGUUGUGUUGUUCAAUACGGGCAUGCAUGACAUCCAUCGUCUCUGCAGUCAUGAGUUUGCCGCGGAUCGACUAACCUACCUGGGUGACGCAGCCACAGAUGCAUCAAAAGGCUUUCACUGUGUCAUGCAUUAUCGAUAUGCCAUUGAAGGCCUUGCCACAGAGGUCCUUAAUUUCCCAGCGGAUCUCCGAGUAUUCCAAUCCACCACUGCUGGCUGGCCCAAGUAUGGCAACUGGGGUGUUUUUUGGCCAACAGAAGGAGCACAAAACAUGCCAGUAGCAACCGAGUUCAUUGACUUCUUCAAUGAUAUUGCUUAUGAAGUAAUGAAGGAUUCCUUCCCUACCAUCCCGGUUAUGGACGGGUAUUGGGUCAGCUAUGCACGGCCAGACAAUCGAGAGGUCAGCUCGGCAAAGAAGAAGGCCUUGGAAAAGAAGCUUUCUCAUCCUGGGGUGGAAGUUGUUUCAGCGAUGCUACGAACGUGGACUACGAUUGUGGCCCAGUCCGAGCUAUGUGAAGAGGAAGAAUUCUAG